AGUGUACAAGAUGUCGAUCGUAUUGUGUUACUGUCAAGUUGACGUUAAUUACGAUUUCAUGGUUUAAAUCGAGAAAGUGUGACAAUAAAUUGAUCAGAACCGUCGAAAUUUGGAUAGUAUUUUUUUGUUAACCUUAGAUUUUCAAAAGUACUUUGGUCUGACAACCUGUUAAAUAACGAUGGUAGUGAUGGGAGUGCGUUAAAUAGUUAGAGGAUUGUGCAUGAAUGCACAGUUGUUUUAGAUAUCAGUUGGAAUGUUCCGAAGACUUUUGGUAAUGGCCGGUCUGCAAACCUGCAACUCCGACUGCUCAGGUCGCGGGGAGUGUCACAAUGGCACCUGUUACUGCGAAAUCCGCUACUCCGGAGACUAUUGUAAUUUUCCCAAUUUACCAUACCACGCGGCUAUUGGAGGAUUAUUUCUUUUGGUAGCAUUAGUUUGCGCAAUUCAGCUCGUGAUGUGUAUCGUAUUCGAGUAUCGGCGACUGAAGGCUCCCACGUUUCUUAAAGCGUGCAAGAUUACAACACAAAAACUUCUCUACUUUGUUACAUUUCUUGCGAGCGCAAUACGUGGGGGAUACUUUUUAUCACCCGAAAAUUUUAAAUUUGGAUGGUCGAGGAGUUUAUUAUCGGCCUAUUACCCAUUGUUGAUGUCCGGAUCAUCUUUAUUGGUGUGUUUUUGGGCAGAGGUUUUCCAUCUACGUGAUAUUUGUUGGGAACGACCUCAAUUCCUGUCAAAAUCAUUUUUUGGCUUCAUCAGCUUCAACAUAAUCAGCUACAGCUUCUUAUUGGCAGAAGUUGUAGUAACCCAAAUCGCUAGUUCGCCAACAGACGACAUAAACUUCUACACACAUCUCUUCAAUGGUUGUUACGCCGUUUUACUCUUCGUUGUUGUAAUUUUCUUUUUGAUAUACGGCGUUGAAGUUUUCUUCAAAGUGCGAGGUGGUUUCAUCGCAAAACAAGUUCAAAUUGGAAGUACCCCCGAAAACGAACCGCUUCGCCCAGACGAUCUUCGCCCGCAAAUAAAUAACUCUCAGUUGCACCAAUCUAGAGUUGGACUAUUGAGCCACGCUUUGAUGCUCAUUGUAAUUGUGGGUUUCUUAUUUUCGGAGACGCUUAGCGAGUUUUGGAAGACGAAGGUGCCGGUUUAUUCGCGAAAUUGGCACGAUAUCCUCUUCCGCGUCGUCGAAAUCGGCGUUGCAAUCUGGUUUCCGGCUGUACUUUGGAACUGUAUGCAGCCCUCGGAGUUAUGGAUACUCAAUCCGAAAAAACUUUUAGCAAAACUCGAUCAAAAAACCUCCGAAUAUUUACCUAGCCAAGAAGUUUGUACUUUAGAAUCGGAUGAAUUUGAAAAAACUGAAGAGUGUUGGAUUUGUUACGACGACAAAAACGAACCUUUUAUUAAACCAUGCGCGUGUACAGGGGAUUUAUCCAGCGUUCAUCAUGAUUGUUUAAAGCGAUGGUUAAUGGAAAGUCCUUCAGGUAGUGUUGAAAAACUUCAUUGUAAAGUUUGUAAACAACCGUAUGAUGUUCAUUGUACAACGCGAUUGGAUUGGGAAAAAGGAUUUACUGCUCAACAUUGGGGAAGCACAGCUGUGAUUGUUACAGUACUUUGUGUAACAGUAGCUGGAGCUUGGAUUGUAAUACAACUUUUUGAGAAUUCUUAUAUUCGAAUAAUCGCAGCUAGCAUAGCAUUGUUGAUUAUUUAUGUUUGUAUCAAAUUUUUAGGACAAAAUACAGUAACUGCUUACCAAAGAGCCAAACUGGGUGGUUUGAAUAUAAGCGGACGAGUAACGACCAUCAGUGCCAAUAUAACGAUUGGUGUAGAUCCUCCAACGACGAAUGAUCCUCAAACAGCGAUAUAAAAAAUUGAGGAUCAGAAAAAUCGUUUACUUUUAUGUGAUAUUUAUGUUUUAAAAUGAAAAAGAAGAAAGCUCGCGGAGUGUCUCGUUUUCUUUUUUUGUGUAUAAAUUGUAGAUAAAUUUAGAUGUUAGUUAAAUUUGUAUAUAUUUGAGUGAAUUGUUGAUUUUUAUAAUUACUAUUUGAUGGAGUUUCAUUUAAGUUUUGUCGAAAAAAAAUUCGUUGUUUGUAUCGUUAGUACAAAGGAGGCAGAAAUAAGAUUAAUUUUUUUCGUUUUGUGAGUUCGUGUGCGCGUGUGUGAAAUAUUAUUAAGCCGUGUAAUUCUUCUGUAGGGUAAAUAAGGGCAAUUUCAAAGACAAAUACAGUAAUAACAAUAUUAGUAAUUUAGUAAAUUAAAUUUUACUUGUACAUCAAAUAUAUUGUGAUUUAAAAAUUUACCAUAGGCAGGCAGAAGUUUUACUAAGAGGUAUAUGAUAGGAAUUUAUCUUAGAACACUUUUUUCUGUAUUUUUAUUUAUUUUUAAUGUACUAUUAAAAUAAUACAGUAUUAGAUGUAUGUUGUAACAUACAUUCGAUUGAUCUGAAUAAAUAUUAAGUAUUCAAUAAAGAAUAUUAAUAAUCUAACAAUUGUAAGGUUACUAAGGUAAAUAAACACAAAUAAUUCGAAA